AAGAUCACUCACUCCCCCAACCGAGUAGAGAGUAUAGAGACACCCCCGCUAAGAGAAAAACCAAAGUCGGAUCGGUGAUUGAAAAAAUCUGGGCCGGAUGGUAUAUCGCCCUAUAGUGCCGAAUAGCAACAAGAGUGGGAUGCGUAAAUCAAUAUCGCUCUCUCUUUAGCGGGAAAGUGGCUCUCUGCAUCAUCAAGUGUGUCUCUCUAGGCCUUAGGGGUAGAGUCAAGCACUGGGAUGAGUUCGAAGGAUGCAAUAUGAAGAAAGAUGGCAGAGCAGUGGAACCUGAUAGCUCAAUAAGAGUGAAAAACAUCCUCCGGUGAGACACACAUGCUUUAGAUGGAGCGACAGCGUUGGGUGUAUACGAUCGUCUGUUGGAAGGAGAUUUGUUUUGUGUUUUGUUGUUGGUGGUAUAUGGGUAGGCCUACGUGUGUUUUCAAGUUGAUGAGUGUCAUUUGGUCGAGUGACUGAUGUUUUCAUCAUGUGUUGAGAGCACACGGAUCCCAGUACUGCUAACUCGGUUGGAAUCAUGUUCUGCAUAUGGAAUGCGACGGCUGUUUCAUGAUAGACACGAUUGACAAACAGCUCAAGGGGCUGCUCAGGUUUUUGUUCGGAAUCAUGAGAAGGCAAGACGCUGGAAUAAUAUUGGUAAAGUGUCUGAUGUGCGAUGCAGUGACGUCAGUCGGCAGAACGUGACCAAUGAGAUCCACGGAAUAUUCGGAAAUGAAACAUUUGCAUGAAGUCGAUGAUAAACACGACACCAAAAGUUCGGCUCGCAUUAAUUCCCAUUGAAACUUCAUGACAAUCAGCAAUUAAACUAGUAAUUAAUCGACCUGCAGAAGCUCAUACGCAUGCCGGUAAUGUUCCUCCUGGGAAUCCGAUUCACAACGAUUAGACGUCGGACGUACGAGACAAAAAUCAAUCCGGAUUUGUGUUCGGUUACAUAUGUGCAUUUUGAAUGCUACUAACAUAUCAACUGCGCAUCACACGGGAUUUAUGUGGCACACGGUCAACGUAUACGUGCGCAAAUUAAAGCUGCGUGGCGUCGAAUCCCGCAGUCCCGAAGGGCUCAUCAUACUGCCAUUAUGAAUUCACGGUAAUGAAUUGGGAAUUCACUGUACAUGCACUCCUGGAUAAUGACCUUUCAUUACCUAUAUGUUCACCGGCUCGAUUAACUUGCAACUGACCUGUCCACUGGGGUGCUCCUUGCAGUGGUUAGGCAUUUCGUGGCAAGAGUUUGUAAUAAAAUCUCCUUCCAAUAUCUGAGCACUGGCUCUAAUGACGUGGUCGCUGCAUCGUAUAGGGAUUGAUAAUGACAUAGUUGAUGAGUGGAGGGGUUGAGAGGGCGGUGGAGUUGAGCUGUUGUCCUGGGCGUGCGCCUCGCUGGCAGGUUCAGUGUGCUGCAUCUCUGCUUGGGAACUCUGAUGAGGCAGUUGUGUGUGUGUGUGUUUCCCCAUCAAAGUCCCACAACUUCUUUCGACCGUCGAUCUCAAGACCGUGUCUUGGUGUCACCUGCUGGCCGUUUCUCAGCGCUAAGAGCCCCGCCAGCUGUUUGCCCACUCACGGCAGAUGAGCUCAUGCCGAAGAAUCCGCCGUCUGGAAUUACGAUGUAGAAAACAUUCAGUUCAAUAUGUCGAGUAAAUAUGAGUCUCUCCCGCUGCGUCUGGCAUGCCUGGCUGUAAGAGUGUUCCUGUUGGUGCUAGUUCUCACGUGCUGUGGACAGGAUGGCGCGGAUGAUGGUCCCCGCCAAGUCUUUCCCGAUCCUGGCCUGUACGACUCAGCCACGGCGUGUGAGUGGAUCUUCGAUUCCAACUGGUACUACGGCAACUACUUCAGCAGCGACCCCAACUACCCGGUCGUAUAUACGCCGUACAUUCAAUGUCUCUUCUUUUUCGAAGCGGGAGAGAACGAGGUAGUGGAAGUCAUGUUCAGUCCGUUCUUCUCGAUCGAGCCCAGCAAUGGUUGCAAGUACGAUUACCUGGAGAUACGAGACGGACGCUUCGGUUUCUCGCCGCUAAUCGGCCGGGUGUGCGGCGACCAGUCCCCCGGUAAUAUAACCUCCAGCGGCCGUUACCUGUGGAUCCUGUUUGUGACAGACGAGGAUCUGGAAUAUGCCGGGUUCGAGGCUUUCUUCAGAUUUAUUCCAGCUCCACGUGUGAUAGAGCCAAGACCAGAAGAGUGCUUCUUCCAUUUCUAUGGUUCGUACGACGGAGAGUUUUCAGUCAAGAUGGCUACUGACCUGGUACGAAGGGAGGACAAUCACGCCCCAAUUGACUGCACCUGGCAGAUUGACAUGCCCGAAGUCAACAAGAUUAUGGUAAGAUUUGAUAAAUUUGCAAUGAACAACAUCAACGACUGCGACAGAAAUCGCAUCAUGAUUUACGACAAGUACAGCUCCUACGAGUGGAUGAUACGGGAGUACUGUAGCACCACGGCGCCAGCCGCCAUGACCCUCAGCAACCGCAUGUACAUACGCUUUGUGGCAUCCAAUCGCAGCGCGUACAACGAGGUCGAGAUGAUGUAUACGGCAUACACAGAUAUGCCCUGCAUCGAAGAACGGAUAUUCCCUUGUGGUCCACACAUGUGCUUGAAUAUGUCACUGGUAUGCAACGGUAGACAAAACUGCUUGAAUUACCCUUUUGAUGAAGACAAAGACAGAUGCCAAGCUGAACCUGAUACGAGCAUCUUAAAAGAUGUGAACAUUGCACUGGUCGUUUUCAUGUCAAUCAUCUUAACUGUCACUGUGAUCACCGUCUUGGUGACAUGCCGACAUUCCUGCCUCCGGACGCGCGAGAAGGCCAAGACAAUGGCCACCCGACGCAUUAGGCUGGACCAGCAGGUGCAGAUCCUAAUGGAUGGGGAGAACGUCGAGAUGAACUCUUUGGGGGGUAAGCAGCACAACAGCAUCAACGGGAAAUUCCCAGCGUCCCGAACAAGUAGUAUUGGGGACGGGGCCCCCCGCAGCGCGAGGCUGUCCAACGCCAGCCACGACUUCCCCAUGACAACGACGCAACUCAAGGAAUACGAGCGCAUUAUGGACAGCGAGCUGGGCUACGAGCUCAGACAGAAUAAAAGGACUAGUCUGAUGGAGCCUGACUCGCCCUGGGUACGGGCCAACCAGUACAAUGAGUCUUUUAGGAGGAGUGCGGCUAACCCUUUGCAUCCUAGUAACGAUGUCCAGGUGCACUUUUGACAUCAGUAGAUCCUGCAGGAAGAUGUCAAGAUUGGGGCUGCAUGAACAUGAGCUCUGUGCAGAAGUACCCCCUCAAUGAUGCAAGCAGGUGUGCAACUGGGAGGUCACACGAAGGGAGGACAAUCCAAGCAUCACAAGACUCUCUGCUGUGUUUUUCAAUUUGUGAUGGUAUGAGCUCAGUACACAAGUACUCCUUCGAUGGCCAGAAAGGGAGAGUUGAGGGAGACCUAGACUGGUUCCUGGUCCACCAACUGCGUAUUUAGAAUGAUCCAAAGUUGUUGAGGGCGGGGAUUAGUCUGCGAGUCCAUCGCAAGUUUAAUUUGAAAGCAUUCAUGCGCCAACGACGCCUGACGCUCACAAGAAGACGCUGUGGAUAAUAGCUUUGGCACAUUCAGGAAGUCGUGCCUACUUCGCGCGCGAACCAGUACAGUACAGUACGCACACGCUGUGUGUCCCAUCCUCGGGGCUCUCAAAAGUGGUAAAAGCACGCCCUCUUUUGUUGGCGCACGGAGCCCAUAAAAGAGUCAAGUCAAAACAAAAUGACGAAACAACUAUAUCUGAGGGAAAAGUGCAUGCUGUUGCAAGAGGGAGAUACAAAUGAAUGACGCUGCACCAUGUGCGCCCACACUUAAGUGCAUUCUUCUGUGAAGUCGAUUUGGUUUACAGCACAUGCAGAUGGACAUUGGUUGUGUAUACUCCGAGUCAUACUCCAAGUCGAACCAAUCAGUGCGUGCCCAGAUGUGCCCUACUCAUGAGUGAUCACAUGGUACCGUCUACUGUUAAUGCACAGGCUCUAUAGCAAGGAAGACUUGUGUGUGGUAUACCUUUGGUGUGUUUAUAUUGGGGUAAAAAUGUUACCUACACUGAUGUACAAUUCAUUAUUUUGCUUUUAUCUGAAACCUCCUUUCGAGUUUCCAGUAUACGGUUUGUUACAUAAUGAUAUGACCCACCUCAAUGUGAUAACAUGUAAGAUAUCUGUUUUGGCAAAGCGCAAGUAUGCCAUACACAUAAUGUAAACUAAAACAAUACAAUGUUAUAAUUAAAGUAUUUGAAACAAA